AUGGCAUUUGAGCAUUUCUAUUAUUACUGCUCUUACGAUGAGUGUUUGAAAAUGGUCUUGAGGUGGACUCUGAGGAGAUGGUGUGUGAGACGAGCGAGUUACUGAAAGACGAAGAAAGAUCUGUUGAGGAAGAGCCUCUAUGCUUCUCCGAGCUUGAGAACAUCAUCUUUAGAGAUGAAGAUCAAGUGAAGAAUGGUGAAAUGGGCAGAGGUUUAAAGGUGGAACAACAAGACGGUGAUGGACAGGAAGAGAGAGCUGAGCUCAGCCCACUGACAGCAAACCAAUGGGACGGCCCAAGGGAGCUAAAAAUGACAGCUGAAUCAGGAGAGAGGAGGAUUCAAUCUUGUCAGGCACUUCUUCUGGGCACCACAUGGGGUCCUUUCCCUGGGAAGAUUGAGAUGACCACAGGAGGAAGUGACAAGGUUUCGCUGUUGCUGAGCGGAGGUCCCCGCUGGCUGAUGGAUAUGAUGUGGGUCAGUGCUGAGGAUGGCAAGAGCAACUGUGCAGUUUACAGCAAAGAUGGACAAGUGUGGUGCUCCACAACAAAAAAUAUAUUUGAGGGAGAAGAACUUGCAGCCUGUGUGGUGGAUUUGCAGUCUCAUCUUCAAACAGCAUCCCAAACUCUGUACAGUCAGGGGAUGUUUUCGGCCCAACAGCUGGACUCCAUCCAACUCCUUCCUCGGCGAGCAGCCAUGGCGUCCAUUCUUCCCAGCAUCAACAAAGACAUCUUCCCCUGCAAGGCGUGUGGCAUGUGGUUUUGGAGUGAAAGGAACCUCCAGGCCCACCUAAUGCAUUACUGCAGUGGGCGGCAAAGGGACCCUGUGAUAACGGCUGAGAAAAACACCAAUAUCAGCCAUCAACUGCUCCACAGUUGCACAUACCCUCAAUGCAAUAUGAGCUUCACAGGCUUGCAUGCCUUUGAAAUACACUUAUCCACACAUAACAGUCUUAAAUCAGAAGAGACAACCACUGGAAGCCAAUUGAAAUGCACAAUUUGCGACUACACAGCUGAAACACUUAUUGUACUGCAACACCACAUCCUCUCCCACCUGUCGCAAACCGGCCUCAGAUGCAGUCACUGCCACUUUACUUUCCAAACCCCCAAAGGAAUGGCCAAACACCAGGAACUACAUGGACAUAGCAGUACAGGCAACAAACAAAUCAAAGACAAGCUUGAUAACUCUCAUAGCAUUGCAGGAAGCUCUCAACAAGUUCGAGCUAAUUUAAGCAUGAAAGACCUUCAGGAAAGCACAGUACAAUGUGAGAUCGGUCAAAUCUCAGAGGUGGAAAGCACAGAAAGUGGGCAGACAUCCACUAAGGGUGAAGGCAACUCAGGAACCAAGGCUAGUGUUUCAUUUUCCAGAGUUAAGUCAGAACCUUCUAGCCCCCGUUUGGCUUCGUCACCUAUUCAGCACCACCUGCCUCCUGCCUUUCCCAUUGCCCCCUUAAUGCCACAUAUCCCAUUCUCACAGGAUAUUACCGUGGGGCCGCAGGCAUCUGAGAUACUGGCCAAGAUGUCAGAGUUGGUCCAUCGCAGGUUACGUCAAGGAAGGAAUUCUUACCCUCCAGUCAUGUACAGCACACUUGUGCCAAAAGGCGCAACGUGCUUUGAAUGCAACAUCACCUUCAAUAAUCUUGAUAAUUAUUUGGUGCACAAGAAGCAUUACUGCAGCAGUCGCUGGGAGCACACACCCAAGCCACAUGACUUCCCUGGACUUCUGGAUAAACCAGCAGGCACUGUCAGUCCAAAGGUUGGAGGCAGUUUGGCUGUUAUGCUGAAUGCUGGUCAUCCCUCUGAGGUUAAAUGUCAUGAAUCUACCACUUGUAAUCCAAUUGCAGCUGGAAAAGUCUCAGAUGAACUCUCUGUGCAGGUUAAAAAAGCAUCAACUCCCUCUGGUGCACAAGAGAGGCCAAAUGGCACACAGUUGGAUUUACAAAGCCCCAAAAUGCCACCCACUGAAACUGAUAUUGGCCCCAGCCAGACAACAUGUGAGGCCUGCAAGAUCACCUUCAGCCAUCACGAGAACUUUAUGGUGCAUAAGCAAUAUUACUGUGCCACCCGCCAUGAUCCUCAUUUAAAACGUGCAAACAACAAUAAAGGACAAGCCAAUCAGAAGUCAGUUCGCCCACGGAAAAGAAGAAAGGCAUAUGAGCUAACUUCUGAUCAAGAACAAAUGCCACAUAUGGGUAUGCCAUCGUUUCUUGGUUUUCACACUAUAGGUGGUCCAUACAUGUCAAAGGAUGCAAUGGAGAGCUUCCGGGAACAUCAGAGAUACAACAUGAUCCAAGGCUUGGUACCCAAAUAUCCAGAGGCUUCAUUGACGGUUUCAAAAUCGGCUCUUUCGUCAAAAUGUAAUACAAUAUCCAAGGAGGAAGGUAAUGCGCCUAUCGAUCUCAGUAAGAAAUGCAUGCCACAGUUGGGUAAAACUCCUCUUUCCCCUAAAGGACUUAUGGAUUAUCACGAGUGUGCCGUGUGCAAGAUAUGCUUCAACAAAGUUGAGGACUAUCUUAUGCACAAACAGAACUUCUGCCCAGGCACUGUUUUGCAAGAUAAGUCUUCUGAGAACAAAGUAUGUCUGAGCAUCAAAAAAGAAUCCCCAAUAAAUUCUGGCAACCUCUUAGAGAAUGCCAUCUUCGAGUCCCCAGCACAGCAUGCAAAAAUUGAGCACCUAAAUGCAGUGUCAACAUCUGAUAUUCGAGUUUCCAGUGAAGACCACUUGAUCCCAGUAAAAGAGGAACUGAGGAUUGCCUUUCAGUCUUCUGGGUUUUACCCAAGUUCUGCUAAGAAUAUAAGACCAGAUGAGCAAAUCUGGCCUUACUAUGAAAUCAAACCCACAGAUUAUGCUACCGGGAUGCUGGUCAAGCAGAGCGAAUGUAGGCAAAGUCCAAACGAGGGCAGUGAGGGUGAGAAAGACCAGCCGAUGCCGGAUGGUAGCCAUCUCAGCACAGAGGACCACGAGAACCAGGACAAGACUUUACCCUUAAAUGACAGCCUUGAUCUUGAGGACAAGGUAGAUGAUGCAGGAAAUAAACACCACAGUUCCUGUACACCAGAUGUUCACACAGACAGCACCGUCAACUGUAAAGUGAGCACAACUCUGUUGCAAUCUGUAAAGACUGAGGAGGUCUCAACCAGUUUCAAGAGAGUGUUGAAUGGGUCCAUUGCCACCACUGGCAAUGUAAAGUACUGCCGGCCCUGUGACAUCCAAUUCAACAACCUGUCAAACUUUAUAACACACAAGAAGUUUUACUGCUCAUCUCACACAACAGAGCAUGUAAAAUAGUGCCAUCGCCCCUUGUCUUAAAUAUGCCGAUCCACACUUGUAGAAAAAGUAGUGCUGUAAACCAAGUGAGGUUAUUUCUAAAGCCCGAAACAUUCUUUAUGCAAGUACAUGAACGCAGGGGCGAAUGUUCUGGCCAACGGUCCAGCUGAACAUACAUAAUGUACUGUGGCGGUAACAAAUCUAAAGACUCAUGGUGCCGAUAGAGUUACAUUCAAAAGUCAGAACCAUUAAACUAGAUGUGUUGUUCAGGUACAUUUUUAGAAAUAUAUGAACCUUAAAUUACUUGCAUACAGGUAUUCUCUUCAACUGUUGCUCUGCAAUAACAGUAGUUGGCUUGAAAGAGAAAACUUACUGUAUAAGCGGACAGUUCCCACUAAUGUCCGCUAUAGCGCCCCUAGUGGACAUUUUGAGAAUGCAAUGUGUUCAGGUACUUGUGUACAGUACGUUUCGGCCUUAACACAUCACCACCAGUGAUAAUACAUACUUGUUUUGACAUCUGAAUCGAUUUGCUUGUGAAGGACACUUGUGGUAAUCUCUUACAUUUGUCAAAAGUGACCAAUCGCACCAUCUUUCAAAGUGGACAAAAGCCUUGAACUGUUCAUAUUAGACUUUCCACAAGCAACAGUUUCUCUGUAUGGGUCAUUUUUUUAAUUCUGUGCUGGUUUACACAGCAGCAGGAGGACAAUCAUAUCAGGAGGUUUAUCCUACACUCAUUUAAUAGAAACUUUGAAGAUAUUUGUUGCAAAGUAUUGUGUUCAUACUUUUGGUGUUUUUUAUGGAUUUAUUUAUUUAAUAAUAGUUUUAGCUCUUAAGAAAUGCAGAUUUGAAAUGGAAAAAGUUUACAAACAUUUUCUCUAAUGUCUCAUUUAGAAUUUACAGAGAAAAUAAUGAAAAACAAAAAAUGUAUGGUGGAGCAAUCUCGGCCUUGACUAAUGUUUCAACAUAUCCUUAAAUACUGGCAAUCAAGUUUUUUUAAUUAAUAAUUGUUAAAACAUGUCAGAUUUGUCCUUGGUGUUUGUUCAUGCUUAAAUCUGUUUAUUCUCGUUAAUGCAGAACUCUUGUUAAAAAGGUAACCUGUAUGUGUGUUUGUUGAUUCGUUAUUGUUUAUUUUAUGUUUGGCUUCAAAUGCAAUACUUUUUAAAAGAUGAAACAUUAUUAUAUAUUAUUAACAUAAUAUAGUAUUUCAAAAGGGUAAAAUUUUUUACUAGGACCCCAGAAGCUGUCUGUGUGAAGUGUUUACUAAAGUCUUAAACACAAAAGAUAAGGGUUUACACUCGGUAAUGGAUGACUCAUUGUAAACAGAAACACAAAAUCCCAUGAAAAAAAUAAAAUGUCGUCAAAAUGUGUUGCUAUGCAUGUACCUGUAUGGAAUGAAAUUCCAGUAAUGUUGGAAAUGUUAUUUUAUGUGGCAUAAAAAUUAAAAAAGUUUA